GCGGAGAGGCGGAGGGAGCCCGUCGAAGAGGAUGCUCGGGAGGAUCGGAAGAGAGGAGGUGUUCUCCGGCAAUGGCUGAUCGCGGUCGGCGCUAUGAUCGCGGCAUAUAAGAACGCGCGAAGACGUGCGUUCGCCGCGCUUUACGCGAUUCCGAAUUCGAAGCAGAAACCGUUCGGUUCGUGUCCGCUCCGCGUCGAAGAGACUGUCGCGAGACCGAGAUCGCGAGACGAGCAGCGACGACCAACCGGAUCGGUGGUUUCGGACGCUGUCUCGCGACGCGUUUUUCCCGCCGAGUUUUAGCGCCGGAGUCGCGAGUUUUCGCGUUUUCGCGGUUUUUGCGUAGAAACUAGAGCGAGCGUCGUAUCGCGGAAACAGGUAAACGGUUCGGGUAAAAUCGGUGUCGAGGAGCCGUCGCGUCGAGGAGGAUUCGUCGCGGCGGACAUGCCGCGUGAUUCGAGGGUGUGCAAGAGUCGCGUAACCGUCGAGACGCGGAGGAUCGUCGAUGCGGAGGCGGAGGUGUCGUUCAUACGCGGUGAAGCAUCAGCCCCGGAAACAUGAGCUCGAUCGACUUUGACGAGGUGUUGGUGCACGUGGGCGAGAAGGGCAAAUAUCAGAACAUCAUGUACUACCUUCUCUGCAUCCCGGCCACUCUUCCAGCCGCCUUUUUGGCUUUCUCGCAAGUGUUUGUGAGCGCGUCGCCGGAUCAUUGGUGCAGGGUACCGCAACUGGAGAAUCUGACCGAUCUGAUGACGCUGAGCGAGAGGAAGAAUCUGUCGCUGCCGUUCACCGAGAAAUCGGACGGCAAGGUGAAAUACUCCAAGUGCAAGAUGUACGACGUGAACUAUACGGCUAUCGUCGAGUCGUGGUUGAGCGGCGCGAUUCCGGAGAACGGGACGGACGGUAGCGGCGACGGCGAGCGUCCGCGGAGAGACAGGUUACCACCGCCACCGGUCGGUAACCCCGGGCCGGUCAUCGGUUGCCAACACGGAUGGGUUUACGACACCCGGGACUACGACAGCACCCUGGUCACCGAGCUAGACUUGGUAUGCGACAACAGCUGGUGGCCUUCCACCUCUACGACUUUCUUCUACGUCGGUAGCCUGUUCGGGAACGUGGUGUUUGGCUGGAUCGCCGACAAAUGGGGCAGAAGGACGGCCUUCUUCGCCAUUCUGUUCCUCGAGGUGAUACUCUCGAUCGCCACCAGUUUCAGCCCGAAUUACGUGAUCUACACGGUGUUGAGGACCGUGAACGGUCUCUUCUUCCCUGCCAUCUAUCAAAUACCUUUCAUACUAGCUCUGGAGUUGAUGGGCCCCAGGUACAGAACGUUCGCCGGUAUGGUGAUCAGCAUGUUCUUCGCGUCGGCGAUGUCUCUUCUAGCCCUGCUGGGUUACCUGCUCAGGCACUGGUUCGCGCUGUCGCUGGCUACCUCGGUUCCCUUCGUUCUCCUCUUCAGCUACUACUGGAUCAUUCCCGAGUCGCCGCGUUGGCUUCUUAGCAAAAAUAGAAUAGACGAGGCGGAGGUGAUCGUGCAACGCAUGGCCAAGAUAAACGGUCGGACGGUACCGAACAAUUUCCUUAGGAAAAUGGAGGUGGAGAUCCUGCGAAGGCAGGGUAUUUCGUGCAACGGGACAAACUCCGGGGAGAACGAGACGACCGAUGCGGUGGACAGGUCGCCGCCGCCGGCCGCGACGCCGAUGGAUCUCAUCAGGAACCCGAACAUCAGGAAAAAGUUUUUCAUUCUAGCGUUCGACUGGGUGGCGAACGCGGUCGUGUACAACGGGCUCUCGUACAACACGACGAACCUCGGCCUGUCCGAUUACCUGGCCUUCUUCAUCGGUGGCCUCGUCGAGAUACCGUCCUACGUGAUCACCUGGUACGCCAUGGACAGGCUGGGCAGAAGAUGGGUGCUGUGUCUCACCAUGCUGCUGGGCGGCGUCGCCUGCGUCUCCUGCAUGUUCGUUCCCGAAGCAGACGCUGUAUGGGUGACGGUGUCCUUGGCGAUGAUCGGCAAAUUCGGGAUCGCGGCCUCGUUCGCCGUGUUCUAUGUGUUCGUCGGGGAGCUGCUGCCCACCGUGCUGAGGUCACAGGCGAUGGGAGUCGCCUCGUUCAUCGCGGGCAUCGGUUUGCUCGGCUUCCCGUACAUCGUUCACUUGGCCGUCUACUCGAGGGUACUUCCGCUGAUCAUCAUGGGCACGCUCAGCGUCGCCGGAGCUCUCACGUCCAUCUUCCUGCCGGAGACCCUCAACAUUCACCUGCCGCAGACGAUCGAGGAGGGCGAAAUGUUCGGGGCCGACUUCAAGCUUUGGUCCUGCCCCACGUUACCAAAGAAACACACCGAGAAGGAGGAGAAGACGGAGUGGAUGCCGCUGAGGUACUUGGUGAACGGCAAACCGGGAAAUCGGUCGUCGCAGGCGCCGGAGGAAGCGACUGCCCAGGAGUCUGAAAAUUCGCGAGCGAGUCAGCCAUCGAGCGAGCCACGGAAGGAGGAGGAGGUCGCGGACGCCGACGAAAAGCGCCAGGACACGACGGUCGUGAUCGUCGAACAGAGGAAAACGCAAUGAGACCCGCGACUCGAGCCCGCUUUCCGUAUCGUCGUCAAACUUUUGGUGUUCGCGAUCGCGAGAUCGAUUCGAGACGGGACGGCAGUGCGCGACUUCUCGCGGGAACCGUCGAAGAAACGUAGCGUUUCGCCGUUUCGGUUUUCCAACGGACAAAAUGCGCGGGUAGCGUAAAGAUCGUGGUACGCGGAAAUUCGGCGUCGCCAUGGAGAAUCGAACGUUCGUCUGUUUCUGUUUGUUCGAGACAUUUUCCGAGACGUUCUCGGCGAUACGUGUUCGAGUCGAGGAGCCACGAGCCACCGUACCUCGCCUCGUCCUUCGACGUCCCAUCCACCGACGGACCAUCCUCGCGGUUACGUGAGGAAAUCGAGAAAAUCGUUCGUUGAAUUUUCCACAGUGUUUCCGUUCUCUCCGACCCGAUCGAAAGAUGCGAGAAAUCG